UGCAGGGGAUUGUGGGACCGGAGGCUCCUCCGCUGGAGGACCGGGAGCAGUCUCCGUUAGCAGCAGCAGGAAAACCGAUGGAGAGCGUUUCACAGGCCCGUGUCCGAGCCACGGCUCCGUCACCGUGUCCCCGGGAUCACUGACCGGAUCUAGCGGCCAGCGGAUCGACAGCAUGGGCUCUCAGACACUGCAGAUCCUGAGGCAGGGGGUCUGGGCUUCCGUCACGGGCGGAUGGUACUACGACCCCCAUCAGAACACCUUCGUCAACGCGCUACACCUCUACAUCUGGCUCUUCCUAUUGUGUUUCCCUUUUACUCUCUACAUGGCCCUCCCCCCCACCAUGCUGAUAGUGGGUGUGUACUGUGGAGUGAUCGCUGGUGUGUUUGCGCUGCUGAAGGCGGUGAACUAUCGACUCCACAUGACGCUAGACGAAGGGGAAGUGAUCAACGCUGAACAACAACGAGACGCCACACACACACACCCAGACGAGUCCAGUGGCUCUGGGAAUCCUGGAGGAGGAAUCGAGUUGGCUGAUUUUGUCCGAGAGGAAACUCCACCAGUCGCCUGCAGCUCACGCAACUCCUACACAGGCAUCGACUCCAACCUCCAGAUCACAUCCUCUCGUGGUGGUCCAGCUGCAGUAAAAGCAGGUGAUGUUGGAAAGACCUCAGAUGACCUCAGUCUGAGUUUAAUUCCAAGCUGUAGUCAGGAACAAGAUCUGACAUCAGAACCUAAGAUCUACGGCCUCAUCUCCAACGAUUCCUUCGCCUCCAUGCAGCCUUCCACCUCAUUGGCUCAGGAUCUCUACAGCUCCACCCCUCACCCUUUCAGCCAAUCACUGUCCUCCUGUGACACAGAAAUCCCCGCCCACUCCCAGUCUUUCAGGAAAGACUCUUCUCGUCCCCGUGGCCUUCCUCGCACUUCCAGCUCGGCUUUUCCGGAUCCUUCCAUCCCAGACUUCGGCCUCUACCCCCCGUCUCGGCGUAGCGGACUCGACCCCGUUUGUGAACUGGACACGCCCCGGCCGCAGGGGGUGCCGCAGAGCGGGGACACGGCCGUCCCCUCCACAUCAGGACUGGACUGCUGUAAACAACAUAAAAGGGAACGGCGCAAACUGGCCCGCUCCAUUUCCAGAGAAACCGGGGAGGAAUGUCAGGGUGAAUCUGGACUGUACCAAGUGGAGGGUUUUCGUGGGGGGGUUUCAGGUGGCAGCAGGAGGAAAAGACGAGGAGAAAAAAGCAUGGAGAGUUUGCGAAGCUUGAGUACACGCAGUAGCGGCUCGACGGAGAGUUACUGCAGCGGGACUGACCGCGACACACACAGCACGCUCAGCAGUCUCCAUAGCGAACAGACUAGCUCCACCCACGUCGAGAGUCUCAUAUCGCUCUCAUUAGAUGAGGGCGGAACAACAGAACCUAGCAUAACCUCAGGUGAGGGCAAUAAAAACCCUCAUGCUAAUGAAAUUAGCCCGAAAGCAGUUAAUGCUAAUGAACCCUCAACUCCUAAAAACACAUCACAAACCAGCAGCCAUGAAGGGGAGGAGCUUAAAAAGGAAGAGACUGGGGUAAGGACGAGCCCAGAAGCCUCUGCAGACUCCACCCACCUCUUUAAGGAGGCGGUGCAAGAUGAUGCCAAGCCCAAAUCAGCCAAUCACUCUGAUGCCAGCCAAAGUGGGCGUCGACGCAGUGCUAAGAAACGAGCUAGCAGUUUCGAUGCUGCCCGUUACCAUGACUACACCUGCUUCCGCAGCAUAGCCAAACCUCGCUCGGCCAUUUUCGCUAAAAACGAAGAAGACUCGAGUGACCUGAGUGAGCUCAGCCACACCUCCAGUCUCAACUCCGCCCAUCGUGUGGAGCUGAGCCACGCCCCCGGUACGUCCCAGAAGAAAGAGAAGGAGAGAGAGAAGGGGAAGAAGCGAGCGUCGCGGCGUACAGCCAGUACAGGAAGUGCCAAAGUUCAGCUGCGUAAAUGCCCUAACGAGCCACAGCACCUGGGGGCGCCGGCUGACCCCCGACCCCUCAGCACCUCCAAAUCUGACCUGGAGGCCAAAGAAGGAGAGGUGCUGGACGCAGCGUCACUACUGGGCAGAGCAAGUCACCUGGAGUCCGUCACCCGCUCCAGGAACAGUUUACCCUGUCCAAUCAGCAUCGCCGACACACACGACACAGCCAGGGCGGCGGGUAACGAGGACGGUGUGACCUUCAGGAGGGAGCGCAGUACGUUCCGUCGCCAGGCUGUACGCAGACGUCACAACGCCGGGAGCAACACGGCCUCCAUCAUCGCAUCACCACUCAGUCUUCAGGAAGCUCUCAGUCAGGUGUCUCAGGCUUCAUCAGGGUCACAGGUGAAAGGUCAGAUGAGCACUAGCGCCUCCCUGCUGGUCAGGAAUGGGAGUGCACACCUGGAGGGUUUUCAGGAUAAAGCGUCCACCGUCGGCCUGCAUGAAGACUUCGGUAAACUGACUCCCUCUCUGUACGAGGUUGGAGGAUGUGAUGUGUCUCUGGUUAACUUUGAACCUGCGACAAGACGAGCGUCCAACAUUGUGUGGGACACGGAUUCUCACCUCUCCAGUUCUACCUCUGUUCGCUUCUACCCUCAUGACUUGAUCCGUUUGAACCGUCUGCUGUCGAUGGACACUGAGCUGUUGGAGCAGGACGGUGAUGUGAGUCCUGACCUGCAGGAGACGCCACACAGCUCCCACGAGCCCACACACAAACACACUCACACACACACACACACCAACACACACAAGGUCAAGCAGUACUACCGCUUCUCCCUGCUGCCGUACCUGUGGGUGGGCCUGCGCUUCGACAGACUCACACUGCUCGCGCUGUUUGACAGGAACCGUGAGGUUCUGGAGAAUAUUCUAGCCGUGGUUCUGGCGGUGCUGGUGGCGUUCCUGGGCUCAGUUCUGCUCAUUCAUGGAUUCUUCACCGACAUCUGGGUCUUCCAGUUCUGCCUCGUCAUCGCCAGCUGCCAGUACUCACUAUUAAAGAGUGUUCAGCCAGACUCAUCAUCUCCUCGACACGGUCAUAACCGGAUCAUAGCGUACAGCAGGCCGGUGUAUUUCUGUGUGUGUUGUGUUCUGAUCUGUGUGUUCCACUACGGCAGUGUGAGCUCCAGUUCUCACACACACACGCUGUACGGAGUCACACUCAGCUCCUCACUGCUGCUCAGCUCCACACGCGACAUUGUCAUAGUCUUCAUCCUGUGUUUUCCGGUCAUCUUCUUCGCUGGACUCCUCCCUCAGGUCAACACUUUCCUCAUGUACCUGUUUGAGCAGAUUGACAUCCAUAUGUUUGGAGGAAACGCAUGUACCAGUCUUCCCUCGUCCAUAUACAGUGUGGUGAGGAGUGUGGUUACCGUGGCGACACUGUAUGGAUUCUGUUACGGAUCCCUGCUGGAGCCGUGGGACCCUCAGCACAUCCCAGUGUUGUUCUCUGUGUUCUGGUUACAGUGUCAGUGUGAUCAGAAUUAG